AUGUGCAUACUGAGGCAGAUCGGCAGGCUUGAGCAGCAUCGUCCGUCGUAUAUCAAUGCCUUGCUCAUUCAGUCCCCUGGACACACGCUGCCAGUUCCAUGCGAGGGAUGCCUUUCUCACCCUCAUAAGAUUCUCUACUUCGAUGUCACAAGUUCCAGAGAAGCACUCGAUAUCCUCAAAAUUCAGCCAGAUUCAGGCAGCCCGCCUGAUAACGACGAACUCGAAAUUGAUCUCACCCUGUGGAAUAUAGUGUCGUCAGAGAAAUACCUGCCCACCUCGAUAGAGAGGACCCCAGUAAGUAUAAAGUGGGUUAGAUAUUCCCAAGUGCGUUCUGUCGAGUACAACCAGCAUCACGAGGAUGAUCCCGCAAACCGUCCAUCUCCACCAGUUGACGCAGUAUAUCACGACAUUGAAGAGCAGCCGGAGGUCACAGCAAUUCGACGCGACGUAUAA